AUGUUGGACUCAGAAGACUGCACUUUGUCCCUGGAUAACCUGUUCUUUGAGAGGCCAGUUGUCCACAAAGUUUUGUUCAAACCUUCCAGUGGUCAGGUGUUGAACAGCAGCGCAAACUCAAACAGAGGCCUCAACCAGGCAAGACCCGGAGUGCAGCAAACCUUCGACCAUGUUUCUAUGGCGACAGAGCCUCGGCUGGCAAAGCAGUCGGCAGCAGGCCCCGGCUCCCUCACCGGUCUGUGCCCGCCUACAGCCCGGGGACCACCACAGAAGACACAGGACAAGGGCACCAAGAGGGCUCAUGUUCUCCCCAUGACACCCCAACCCCUUCACAUACAAAAUGUCUAUGGAUUUGUUUUCAUAUUAGGUACUUCUGGGCCUGGGAUACUCCGACCAAUCUCUGAAAUCCCUGCUAAAUUUAGAUCGGUCUUCAAAGAGUUCCCUUACUUCAACUACGUUCAAUCAAAUGCCCUAGAUGACGUUCUAUACACAGGUAAGAACUUUGUGGCUUGUGCUCCUACGGGCUCUGGUAAGACUGUGCUUUUUGAGUUGGCCAUCAUCCGCCUACUGAUGGAGACCACAGAGCCCUGGAGAAACGUCAAAGCUGUGUACAUGGCCCCCAUCAAAGCUCUAUGCAGCCAGCGCUUUGAGGACUGGAAGAAGAAAUUCGGGCCUCUGGGCCUGAGCUGCAAGGAGCUGACCGGAGACACAGAGAUCGACGACUUCUUUGAGAUUCAGGACGCCCAUAUCAUCAUGACCACACCUGAAAAAUGGGACAGCAUGACGAGGAAGUGGAGAGAUAACUGCCUGCUGCAGUUGGUCCGGCUUUUCCUUAUUGACGAGGUGCACGUGGUGAAGGACCCUAUGCGUGGAGCCACACUAGAGGUGGUGGUGAGCAGGAUGAAGGCGGUCCAUGCCUACCGUGCAGCAGAGAACCCUCAGGAGGACCUCUCUAUGAGAUUUGUGGCCGUCUCUGCCACCAUCCCCAAUACCAAGGAUAUAGCAGACUGGCUGUGUGACGACAGAGACCCUGCUACUUGUCUGGAGAUGGAUGAGAGUCACAGACCGGUGAAACUGAGGAAAGUAGUGCUGGGUUUCCCCUGCAGCAGCAACCAGACUGAGUUCAAGUUCGACCUGUCACUCAACUACAAGAUGGCCAACAUCAUCCAGACCUACUCGGACCAGAAACCAACACUUGUUUUUUGUUCAACAAGGAAAGGAGUCCAGCAGUCGGCCACUGUUCUGGCCAAGGAUGCCAGGUUCAUCAUGAGUAUUGAGCACAAACAAAGGUUGGUGAAUUAUGCAAACUCUCUCCUGGACUCAAAACUCAGAGACUUGGUGUUGUUUGGGGUUGGUUUCCACCACGCCGGAGUUGACGUGUCAGACAGGAAGCGGAUCGAGGAGGCCUUCAACAUGGGAGACCUGCCUGUGCUGUUUACAACUAGUACUCUGGCGAUGGGGGUGAACCUGCCAGCCCACCUGGUGGUAAUCAAGUCCACCAUGCACUACAUCGGGGGCGCCUGUGAGGAGUACAGCGAGGCCGACAUGCUGCAGAUGAUUGGCCGAGCAGGCCGGCCACAGUUUGAUACAUCAGCGACCGCAGUGAUCAUGACCAAGACUCAAACCAAAGACAAGUACAUGCAGUUCAUGAAUGGAGCGGAAAUCAUCGAAAGCAGCUUGCAUACCCACCUGGUGGAGCACCUGAACGCUGAGAUUGUCCUCCACACCAUCUCAGACGUCAACAUGGCCCUGGACUGGAUCCGCUCCAGCUUCCUCUACAUCCGAGCUCUGAAGAACCCCAGACACUAUGGCUUUUCCACUGACUUGGACCGGUGUGGAAUCGAAGCCAAAUUGCAAGAGCUCUGUCUGAAGAACUUGCAUUCCCUGGCCUCCAUUGGUCUGAUCUCCAUGGAUGAGGAUGUUAACAUCAAAGCUACAGAGGCAGGCAGGCUGAUGGCAAGGUACUGUGUUGCGUUUGACACCAUGAAGCAGUUCAGCAAGGUGACUGGCACUGAGACCUUACCUGAGCUGAUAGAAUUGAUGGUGAAGGGCAGAGAGUUCACUGACGUGCAGCUGAGAGUGAACGAGAAGAGAACCCUGAACACGUUGAACAAGGACAAGAACAGGAUCACUAUCAGGUAUCCCAUGGAGGGAAAGAUCAAAAACAAAGAGAUGAAGGUGAACUGUUUGAUUCAAGCCCAGUUUGGCUCUAUUCCAAUCCAAGAGUUUGGACUUGCACAGGACACAGGGAGAAUCUUCAGAAAUGGAGUCCGAAUCAGCAGGUGCUUGGCAGAGUUCCUAAACCAGCGCUCCAAGACAGGCUUCUCUGCUCUACUCAACUCCCUGAUACUGGCCAAAUGCUUCAGGGCCAAGCUGUGGGAGGACUCUCCUUACAUCUCAAAGCAGCUGGAGAAAAUAGGGUUGUCUCUGUCGACGGCCAUGGUGAAUGCUGGGCUCACCAGCUUCAACAAGAUAGAGCAGACCAACGCCAGGGAACUGGAGCUGAUUGUCAACAGACAUCCUCCGUUUGGAAACCAAAUCAGAGACGCUGUCAUCAAUCUACCCAAGUAUGAAGUUAGUUUGGAGCAGCUUCCAAGAUACAACAUCGCCACCGCAGAGAUUGCCGUGACCGUGAAUGUAAAAAACCACGAACAGCUACUGUCAAAGAGAACCACUCAUGACCACCACUAUGUCACAAUGAUCAUCGGGGACUGUGACAACAACGUGGUCUUCCUGCAAAAACUCACAGACUUGAUGCUGUUGAAGUCGGGAAACUGGUCAAAGAAGAUCGAAGUGGCGAAAGCCUUCAAAGGAGAGGAGAUCAGCGUGAAUCUAAUCAGCUCAGAAUACGUGGGGUUGGACAUUCAGCAGAAGUUUAGUGCCUUCUACUCUGGACCAAAGAGGUACGGAGGUGAAUCACUCACACCUGAGCAACAUGACACGAUGCAAAUAGCACAGGCUAACGCUCAGAGAUCACAGGGUGCAACACAGAGAAUACAGCCAACAGGUCAGCAAACACAGGCUACGGCACAGAAGAGAACCUCCACAUCCACAGAAAAGGUUCCAGGCAAAAGACAAUGUAACCACUUCUGCAAAAACAAGGAUCAGUGUGGCCACGACUGCUGUCAAAAUGGAGUGCCAGUGGUUCUGAAGAGGCCUAUGAAUCAGCAUUCGAGUUUCUCUUCCUACCUCCAAGACCUGAAGACCAGGAGUGACACACUGACGGAGACUCCAGUCAAACGCCUCAAAAUGAGAAUGAGUGGUGGGACUGGGGCUACGAACAUUCAGCAAUUUUCUUAUACGCCUGCUGCUUGCAGGUAUGUAGGUAAUCAUCAUGGCGCUUCAUCAAUACAACAUAGUGUGGAAUCAGCUGAGGACUUUGCAACGCCCCAAGAGAUGGCAUAUCUUGAGAACUAUGACCAUGAGUAUAAUGACUACCUGGAAGACAUAUAUCAGACAAUGGGAGAAGAGGAACCACCACCUAUUCAAACCCCUACAGAGUCACAAAGCACUUCAAUGUGGAGGAAACCCAGUGCCUACAACGGAGGGUCACUCAGCCACAGCACCCCCCAAAGCCAGGGCAUGGGUUACUCCCAAAGCCACAGCACUACUCAAAGCCAGAUCACUGGUUACCCACAGAGCCACAGCACCCACCAAACCCAUAGCAUGGGUUACCCCCAAAGUCAUUUCCCCCUUCAAAACCAGAGUAGGGAGGAAACCCAGAGUCACAAUACCCCCCAAAGCCAGACUAGCGGUUACAGCACUCCCCAAAGCCAGAGCAGGAGUUACUCUCCGAGUCCCAUCGUAGACUUGACCGAUGACAGUGGCUUCCUCUCGUCGUCACACACCCCCAGCGUGACCUUUGACCUGGGAGACGAAUGGGAUGAUUUUGACGACGACAACUUAGUUCACGCCAGUGAGACAUCAUGCACCACUGUAGCUAAAACUCAGGGGAUGGACCGUGACAGGCUGAAAGGUCACUCAACACCACUACCAUCCACUUAUGUACAACCCAAACCCCGCUUCACUGUGUCCAGUGCCCCACUCAGGUCAACCUCCCCAGUUGUUCCUCAGAUAGCAGUUACUAGUCUCUCAGUCAGACCACAUAACCUCCAGGCUUCUGCUCCCUGGAGCCACUCUGACAACAAGGCCACAAGGACAUUCAUUGAACCCUCUGUGAAAGCACCCUCCUUCCCAAAACAGACUGAUGCACGCAUGGCUCCGCUGGGAGGACAGUUUGAUUUCUUCUCAAAGACGACUACCCCAAAAAAUGACAAUGCGACUGGCAAAAGGCUCCAGGGAGAGGACAACAGCAAGGAAGUGGAGGCAUUCAUGGGUAUAUUUGAUGGACUAUUUUAGAAGUGUUUAUAGUUGUAUGGACGGGUUCCAUGACGAUGUUUCAUGUUACUGUGUAUGUUAUACUUUAUUUAUGCUGUUUGUUGUUUGAGGUGAACUGUUAGAUUUACUGUUGAUCCUAUUUGAAAAUGUUUCUAUCAUUCAGGAGUAGGAACAUUCGAUCAUCAUUAGCAGGUGGUCUAAAAAGGAUUACAAAAAAGUAUUAUAUAUCUAUGUACUUAAUUUAAUAAACACAAUAUUUA